AUGAUCUUCGUAAAGCUGUUCUUCGCGCCGCUCGUCGCCGUGGCAUCACGGGUUGUGUCUCAUAGAGAAGCUUUGCACGACGAACUGUUUGUCCUGGCGGGGGCAGAGCGGAAAACCUUGUGGCACAAGAAUUUCCCAAUAUACGCGCAGGAUCCUUUCGGCGGGAGUGUUGAGGUCACUCGUUUGACAGGCGGGGAGGCGAUAUCAACCAUAGCAUUCUUUGCGCCCAAGGGCUCCUUCAUUCGAAUGUCCGCUGACAAAUUGAUGCCAUGGUAUUUAAAGUGGUUUGGCACGCCAGGCGAGCGCGCAGAAUACAUGCUUGGGACAAUCUACCGCUGGGUUACGGAAAAUCCCACAACGGCUUUCACUGCUGCCGCCGCAACGGCAGUCACUGGCGGAUUGGCCUACUACUGGUACCGCUCCAGAGGACGUCCUUCUGAGCGGGUGGUGGACGACACGGUGCUCCAUGCAAUCAAUCGCACUGCGAAGGAGAUAGAACAGAAAGAUCCAAACUUAAAUGCAACUAUGGCAGUAUCGGAGCUUCAAGCAGCGCGUGGUGCUGCGCUUCAGGCAGCUGCAGAAGAUGCUGAAAAGAUGUGCACUUUUGGUCUGGACUCCAUGUGUGAAGGGACUGUUUGCCAAGCUAGGUUAGAUGAGAUCAUUGACUAUGGUUAUCCACAAAUCUUGGAGGUUGAUGUACUGAAGAAGUACAUCACCCAGGGUGGUGCCAAGAACAUUGACCUCAAUGACCAGGAGCAGUUGAAAAAGAUUACGGUGCAGGCCACUGGCGUGUGCUCUUGGCGCGCUGAAGGCAUCAAGCACCGCAAGAAUGAGGUAUUUAUUGAUGUAAUUGAAAAUGUGAACAUUUUAAUGUCUACAAAGAGGGAACGCUUGCGGGCCGAUGUCUCUGGGGAAAUCCUCGUUAAUUGCAAGUUGUCCGGAAUGCCCGAAUGCAAAUUUGGCAUGAACGACAAGUUGCUUAUGACUGACAAGGCGCGUGCGCGAAGCAGCGACAAAGGUAUCGCCUUGGAUGACUACAGGUUUCACCAGUGCGUCCGACUGUCGAAAUUCGAUGUGGACCGCGAGAUCACCUUUAUCCCACCAGAUGAGCCAUUUCAGUUGAUGACGUAUCGCAUCACCGAAAACAUUGAGAGCCCGUUCAAGCUGCUGCCCAACGUAAAGGUCUUGGGCCGCAGCCGGUUGGAGCUCAGCUUGCAGGUCACCGCGAUGUACGAUCGCAACAUUGAAGCCACCAAUGUUCGGAUUGACUUCCCUUGCCCGAAAAACACGGCCAAGGCUCACAUUCCAAACACAGCGCACGGAAAAGCACGAUUUGAUCCUGCACAGGGUGCAGUGGUUUGGCGCAUUCGGCGCUUCCCUGGAAGACAUGAGUACAACCUGCUGGCCGAGGCAGGGGUCAAAUUAAGUGAACACUUGUUGGGAUGUGGUUGUGCUUUUGUCGUGAUGAUCCCAACUCAAAUUGUUGGUCGACAUUGCCGGCUGACCUAG